CCCACAUAAAAGACCUGAUACUCGAUGCGAUUUUCAUUCUUCUCCUCCUGACCGCCAUGUCCAUCAACAGCAAGCACUUCUUGAAUACCCCUGAGACGCUCGUCGUCGACUCGCUUGAGGGCCUCGCGAAUAUCAACCCGAAGCUUUCCCUUGACAAGCAGAACAAGAUCCUCCACAUCGCGAAGCCGGACAGAUCUAAGGUCGCGAUCAUCUGUGGUGGUGGAAGUGGACAUGAACCCGCGCACGCAGGCUUCGUUGGUGAUGGCAUGCUGACUGCUGCGGUUGCUGGAACUGUGUUCGCCUCACCAAACUCCUCCCAAGUCCGUCGCGGCAUCGAUAUCGUGGACAACGACAAGGGAACCCUCAUCAUUGUCAAGAACUACACUGGUGACGUUCUCAACUUCGGUCUCGCGAAGGAGCAGUAUGCCGCGCUCCGCCCCGACAAGGCAGACAAAGUCAAGUUCAUCACCGUCGGCGAUGAUGUCGCCGUCACUCGCUCGCAGGGCAAGAUUGUCGGUCGCCGCGGUCUCGCGGGAACCGUGCUCGUCUACAAGAUCGCCGGUGCGCUCGCUCAGAAGGGCUUGAGCCUCGACGAGAUCUACAACGUCUCGCAAUAUGCUGCCAACCGCGUCGCCUCGAUCGGUGUUGGUCUUGAGCACUGUCACGUCCCGGGAACGGCAGCGACCACUUCGCACUUGUCAGCGGACGAGAUUGAAAUCGGCAUGGGCAUUCACAACGAGAGCGGCGUCAAGCGCCUCAAGCCCGCACCUGCGUUGUCGGAACUCCUUCCUCAAUUGCUUGACCUCCUCACCUCGACCUCAGACCCCGAGCGGUCGUUCGUGCCCUUCAAGGGCAACGAUGAGGUCGUCCUUCUCGUGAACAACCUUGGUGGUGUUUCCGAGCUCGAGCUUGGUGCAGUCGUCGCAGAGGCACGUCGUCAACUAGACAAGCGUGGCCUCAAGGCCCUCCGCGUCCUCGCUGGCACCUACAUGACCUCUCUCAACAUGCCUGGAUUCUCCCUCACCCUCCUCCUUCUUCCCACCGCUGGCGAGAAGGACGCACCCUCAAAGGAGACCAUCCUCUCCGCCCUCGAUGCCAAGGCUGAUGUCCCCGGCUGGAAGUGGUCAUCCGCCUCCCCUGCUCCUGAGCAGGUCGCCUUCACUCCUGCAGCUGCCGCGCAGACGCAGAAGCCCACUGGCUCCCCCAUCAAGGCCAGCGACCCCUCUGGCUUCGUCGCGGGUAUCAAGCGCGCCUGCGAGGCUCUCAUCGCCGCCGAGCCCAAGAUCACCGAGAUGGACAACAUCGCAGGCGACGGCGACUGCGGUCUCACCCUCAAGGCCGGCGCGGAGGGUGUGCUCGCGAAGAUCUCUUCCGGCGCGAUCACGGGCGACAACAUCGUCCAGAGCGUGAUUGCGAUCGCGCAGGUCGCGGAGGAGGCGAUGGGCGGGACGAGCGGCGCACUCUACUCGAUCUUCUUCUCCGGCCUCGCGCGCGGCAUCCAGAGCUCGUCCGGGACGGCGACGCCGGAGGACUGGGCGCGGGCGCUGACGUUCGCGCUGCAGAACCUGUACACGUACACGCGCGCUCGCCCGCCGUCGCGCACGCUCGUGGACCCGCUUGACGCGUUUGUCACACCGCUGUCGAAGAGCACGGACUUCCCGGCGGCGGUGAAGGCGGCGGCUGAGGCAGCGGACAAGACGAAGGACCUGGCGGCGAAGGCUGGGCGUGCGGCGUACGUAGAGGGCGACCGGUUGAAAGAGGAGAAGAUCCCCGACCCGGGCGCGUGGGGUGUGAAGACGGUGUUGGAGGCGAUCUUCAACUGAGCGCCGGGUGUUGUGUGGGGUAAAUCUGCAAAAUGAAUGUAUUGUAGUGUAUCUUAUUGUCGUCGUACUAGAUCUUGCUUACGCGCUGACCCGUUUGCAAUGCACUUGACUAUCGGAGGGA